GUCGUCGUGGCACUACUGUCGUCGUCGCCGUCGUCUCCUUUUCCUUCGGUUGCUCCUUUGCGAGAGCUCGCACAUUACACAUACAUAUAUGUGCGUGCGUACACCUCUCAGUGUCCGUUUCGUUGCUGCACGGUGCACAAUCCACGCGAGUUGUGCGAGUAAUAACAAUUCUCAGAGUUAAAAGAGAAAAAAGAAAAGGAAAAAAGGAAAUUAAUAAGAUUUUCAAAAGCCAGCUUAUUUACGGGGCCAGUGCUAGUUCGUUCAAUUUGACGAUAACGUGAGAGGAUUGUACGUGUGCGCGUGUGUGGUCUUCAAUAAAACCGUUCAAGUGUAUAUACGUAUACAUUAUAUAUACACGGUUUGAAGCAAGCGUAAAAUUUCGAGGAAGAGAUUGAAUUCGGUCCAUGUGCUCCGCUGAAGAAUAAAAUGCUGAUCAAAGAAUUCCGCGUCACUUUGCCUCUUACGGUCGAGGAGUACCAAGUAGCUCAACUGUACUCUGUGGCAGAGGCGAGUAAAAAUAAUACCGGUGGAGGUGAAGGUAUCGAGGUACUGAAAAAUGAACCAUUCACGGAUUGUCCACUGCUGGGUGGAAAAUAUUCAUCGGGCCAGUACACCUACAAGAUUUAUCAUUUAGCCAGCAAAGUUCCAGCUUUUAUCCGUCUACUAUUACCAAAGAAUUCGUUGGAAAUCCACGAGGAAGCAUGGAACGCUUAUCCUUACUGCAAAACAGUCAUAACUAAUCCAGGGUACAUGAAGGAUAAUUUUAUUAUCAUGAUCGAGUCAUUUCACAUCGGCGACGUCGGUAAUCAACAAAACGUUCACGAAUUAUCCCCCGACAAGCUCAAAAUUCGUGAGGUCGUGCACAUAGACAUUGCGAAUGACCCGAUCGCAAGCGCGGAUUACAAGGAGGAUGAGGAUCCGACAAAGUUCAAAUCUAGUAAAACCGAUCGUGGACCACUUGUCGGUAAAGACUGGAAAAAUCAAGUGGAGCCUGUAAUGACUUGUUACAAAUUGGUAACGUGCGAAUUCAAGUGGUUCGGCCUGCAGACGAGGGUCGAAAGUUUCAUACAAAAAGCUGAGAGGCGUCUCUUCACCAACUUCCAUCGACAAGUAUUUUGCUGGAUAGAUCGCUGGUACGGACUCACGAUGGAAGACAUAAGAGCCCUUGAGGAUAAUACGAAAGAGGAACUUGAUAGGCAAAGACAUCAGGGAGAGGUACGAGGCAUGCGUGCCGAUGAUUGAGACGUCUUUAGCCACUUUUAAAUAAGUCUAAACCAAUUUUCCUUACACACAAACACAUAAACGCUCGCGUAUAUUUCCGCGUUACACACAUACACACGUACACUUCCACAAAUACCGACACAGAUAUCCAAGGGAAAAAAGAAUCGUGAAGAAAAGGCAAAAAGAAAACCGGAAAUCGUAAUAAAAUAAAACGCAAAGUAAUUCUCGCUCAGCCAUAAGCGAUCCUGCCGGGAUCGGGACAGUUUCCAGAAUCCUUCAAUCUGUCUUAGAUUCAGUGUCUAUUAUUAAUAACUACUUACGAAUUUUAAUUUAUUUACAUUUACAAAACAGCGUUUUUAGAUAAAUGUACCUACAGUCAAAGAGUAACAUUAAUUAUUAUACAUACAUGAAGUGUGAAUUUUGGAGAAGAAUGUCGCGAUCAAGCCGAGAGUUUGGUGAUAUUGUAGAUGAAAAAAAAAAAAAAUGUUUUAAACUCCGGCCUAUGCGCGACAUAGGGCAUAGAGCAACAGAAAAAAACGAGUAUGCAUCCGGAGACAGAAGUAAAUAGAAUGAAACAAAGAAAUUUCAAAUCCGAUUUAGUAAAUUGAAUGAACAAUUAUUAAUUGAUAUAGUAUAGUAGUUGAAUAGUAGGGGCUAUUGACGUUUGUUGACGGGCUAUUUGAAAACAAACAGAAUAACAUUAACAAAAAGAAACACACAAGGAAAAUUCUUCGCUCGAUGCGAUUAGAAAAUAAUGAAAAAUAAUCAUGCGUCUAAGUGAGACUUUAACUGAAUUUCGAAGCCAAAAACAUGAUUUGAUGAGUGAAAUAUGGAAUUAUUCUCUCGUGAUGACUCAAUCUUUUCGUCUGUUGAUCGUUCUUUUUUCACCAUUUCUCUCACGAUCUUAGCCGCAAAGCUAAUUUUGCGUAAUUUGGGGACUUUGUAAAUUGUCGUAGAUUCAACUUUAAACAAAUCAUUAAAUGGAGAAAAAGAAAACAAUAUUGCAACAAGAUUUACGAGUUUUCGGAGCGAUAGCGCGGUUGAGUCAUUACUGGGUGUUUACUUUGCGCGAUUGUCAUUGCGCCAGGUGUUUAGUCGCAAUAAUCACUGAUUCAAGAUAUUGAAAGUAAAUAUGAGGAAAAAACAAGAGGAAGAGAGAGAUGGAAAAUCUCAUAAUGAAACUCCUCGUGCGUGUUAAUUACUUUAAGUUCGUUUGGCACCUCGAUCAAUAAGUUUUGAUCGACUGCCCUUGUAUCUCGUGUAUAAUACUGUCACCCUCCCUCGUCCCUCGCCCCUGGCCGUCCCCUGUCGAGUACCGGUUACUCUUUUUCGUGACAAUAGGUAUUCUUCUCUGGGAUUGUAAAUCGAAAAUAUUCGCGAGCUCACACACAAGUCCAAAUCUCCGUGUCUGGGAUGUAUAAUUCACUAUGUCACAAGAGACUCGCGGAAGUACUAAUUGUGUGUAUAUAUGUAAAUGUACACACAUUAUAUAUGUGUAUAUUCAAACGCCGCUGUAUUAUUACUUCAGAUAUUAAUGAACGACGAAUUUUUGGGGGGGAGAAGAGAGUAAGGUAAUGUUCUAAUUAUAUAGGUAUACAUACAAACGAAACAAAAUGAGAGAGGAAGAUACGUUUUGACCGAAGGUAUCUAGAUAAUGAGUACACGGAGGGGCUUUUAAGCAGAGACCGAAACAUCUCGUUACUUUGAAAAAAAAAGGCUGUGCACUAUUUUUUCACAGAUCGCGACUACUUUGCUGCAAAAGUAAAAAUACUAAAAAUUUUACAAGAUGGUAUGGAAUCAAAUCAGUACGGAAAGAAAUUAUGAAAGGAAAAGCUUCAGCGAUGAAAUUGGCGUAUCUUCAUGCGUGGUUUUUUUUUUGACGGAAUGUGAAAAAACAAAAACGUUGAUUCGCAACGAGCACCGAGGUCCUUUUUUCUUCUGAGUAACUAAAUGUGCGCCAGUCUCAAUAAUAACGAAAGAGAAAAUAAACGAUACACUAAAUGGAGGAAGAUAGAAAUUAGGCUAUUGCAAUUAAGGAAGGGAGGACAAAAUGGCCAAAUGGCCGUGUGAGGUAAAGAGAAAACGCGCGUCGUUUGUAUAUAAUUAACGAAAAAUGAGAAAGCAGAAGCAUACAAUGAAAUUCAAAUGGUAUUUGAAAGAAAUGACGCGUGCUAAUUUGCUUCGCUUGCAUUCCAUAAUAAUAUGGGAGAGUACUUGCUACGGUUCACCGAAAUAAGUAAAAGCGAUCUCAAGGGACUUAUUACUAUUACUGUUGUUGUUAAUGAUUAAGCGAGAAUCCAAGCCCUCAAAAGAAUAAUUACGAUGAAGAUGGUUAACAUUAAAACAGGAGAUAUACGAAGUUAUAAAAAUAAUAAAAGGAACAAGAAGACAGAAAAAUUACAGACAUACUACAAAAACAGAAACCAAACGGGACUAUCAUCUAGAAAAUAGUUGAAAAAUGUAUCGAUUAUCGAAACAACGGUAUCUGAACAAAAAGAUAAAAAAAAAACAAACCAAUAGAAUACGUGCACACCCACCGAAAAGCAUACUAACGAACACACGCGGAUCAGGGCUGGUUUUAUUGUCGUUUGCACAAAAUGAAACGUAUUACAAGUAACUCUCUCAAUCUCUUUCUCUCUCUCUCUCUCUCUUUGAAAUAUGCGUUACUAUCGAUCAAAUUGACAACAAUAUUUGAAAAAAUAUCGCGAAAUGCCAUUUUGUUAGUCCCAUAUUUGUUCGGUCUUUCAACAUUAUUUUUGCUUGUGCAUCAUCGAGAACGCGAAAAAAUUAUCGUUUAACUCGUUAUAACAUUGAUUUGAAUGGGCUAAUAUUUAAAUAUUUGUUGCACCAAUGAUUUUGUAAGAGAGUCUUCAAACGAUCCACCUUAGAAAUUGAAAUUGUUGCAAAAUGAAUUUUUCACGAGGUCGUGAAAAAAUGCAGUCGUAGAUUUUUUUUUUUUUUUUAAAUUUAAUUUCACUCCGCAAGAGAACAAAGUAUAUUGACUCGUAUUCCGAUAUUUUUAUUUACACGAUAGUUAGCUAUAUUAGUUCCUGCCUGUAACAGCAGGGCAGAGAGAGAUUUUCCGAUCCCAUACCUCCUCCUAUCCCUCUCCUCCCUGCGACACGCUGCCAAAGGGCCGACAAUGAUUUACCCAAGAUAUAUUGAAAAAAAUUUAAAAAUACAACAAAAAAUAAGGAAAAAAAAUGAAUAAACAAGUACAUGUACAUGUAUAUAAAUAUUAUAUAUAUGUAUGUAUGAUAUAUUGUGCGUACGAUGAAAAUCUAGGGUAUACAUAAUGUCAAGCAGUCACGUGGUCGUAAAAAGGCUAAAUAAAAGCGAAAGAAUAAUAGCGAA